AAUAAAUAAAAGGCUUCUCUGCUUCAGUCCAGCAUCCAGGACUCCGGGAGAGCUGCCCCCUCAGACAAGAACUGCAGGCUGGCGGGGAAGCAGCGACGGCUUAGCAGCCCAAGAUCUCCAGCUGCCCUCAGUGGGAAAAGAGUGAGACGCAGCAAGAGAGACAGAGUGAGACAUUCCUCCCUGUACUGGCACAAUGCGCACCCUCAUCAUCCUUGCGCUCCUGGCUGUCUUGGUGAUGGCUGCUACUUGCUAUGAGUCCCAUGAAAGCAUGGAAUCCCAUGAGUAUCUCAAUCCCUUCAUCAACAGGCGUAGGGCCAAUGACUUCAUACAAGCUGACACGAGACUAGAAGCCAUCACUCAAGAGAGGAUCAGGGAGCGUACUAAGGCACCCCAGGAACGUCAGAGAGAGAUCUGCGAGGACUACUACCCCUGUGAACUGUAUGCUUUCCGCCAUGGCUAUCCUGCUGCUUACAGGCACUAUUUUGGGAGGAGGAGGACUAAGUAAAGGAUGACCUGUCCCCAUCCUGGGGCCUGGAGCCCAGGGUAUCCUCCUCAAAAAUGCAAUGGCUCUGAAACAUAUUCAGUUGCAUGUGUCCCUGUAUGUUAUCCUGCCUGCUGCUUCUGUCCCAUGUAGCCAGGGAUUCCUACACUGUGUUAACUAGCGCUGAGCUGAUAUAGCAGAGAUCAGAGAGAGUUCAAGAUGUGGGUGUUUAUUACACAAUAAAUCGCUGGUUUGAUACUAUCUUCUCAUGAGUCACAGCAUUUUGAGUGGGCGUGUGCAGUUUUCCAAGAAGAAGCUGAGUUUGUUUAUCAUAGAGUCUGGUGCAGAUUAUGGAAAAAAAAGUCACUACCUUGCAACAGCACAAAUUUGAAAGGAUCUACAAUGGUUUUUGUUCCAGGGUCUACAAGUGGCUCCUUUUAGAGGGCACUGGAAAAUUCCAGUUCCCAAUCUUAAGACAUCUUAAAGUGGCAUGGUGUUCAGCAGGCAGGGUGAGAUGCACUUUUUGAAAGUGAAAUCUAUGUAUUUCCUCAACUGGGGAAGGAAAAUUCAGAAGGAGCCUGUUUUAUCUUAAAAACAGAGUUAGGGAGAGUUGGUGACAGAAAAAAAGCCUGUAAAUUGCAUCUUGUUUAUCCAGCUACCCUCAGGUUGUGAUGCUGGAUGCUCCUGUAGAAAGGCGUGCAUGGUCCAGACUUUACUCUGAUUUCUUUUUUUAAUCCCCUUUUAUGCCUUUAUUUCCACUUGGAAUGAUUCUGGUAGCACUAGAAAGCUGCAGAAACUAAAGGUGCAGAGUGACAAAUAAACAAAUAAAAGAAA